AUGGAUGUGCCUCGGCUAUGUCAAUGUUUUGCUAGGAGGACCAUCCUCCUAGACCUAACACACCAGGGACACCACGGCUCUGCUUCAUCAAGCAGCAAGUUGUUGAUGACAAGUUCUUCCAUACGUUCCAUUGCGGCAUCUCAUGGACAUACUUGGGUCACCUCUGUCCUCUUUAAUCCACAUGAUGAAGCGCAUGAAGCCAUCUUUGACCUGAAUCUACCUUGCAUUGCCUUUAUCUCCAAUUUCACAGUGUAAACCAUCAACACUGAAGUUUAUGUUGCAGAAAUCAAAGAAAAACACCAGGCAAAGAAAAUCUAUGAGAAAGCCUAUCCGCAAGGAAAGACAGCUGCUCAUGUAGGCAUCAGGGAUCAGGAAUCAGAAAAAAUUUAAAUCUCCACUAGGUUGGUAGCAGGCACACAGGAAACUUUUGCUCUGACCUCUGAGGAACUGCUCCAGUGACACCAGGGCCAGUACCAGUUGGUGAUAAGCCUGAGGCCUGGACUGGUGAGGAUGGUAAAUGAAGAAAUCACUGUGUCUAAAAGGACAGGCAUCACCUAUGUGCACAUACCUCCCCUGAGGACCACCAGAAUGUGCACUACCAAUCAAACAACUGUAGAAAGCAUGGGUGAUAUAUUCUGCUUUUCUCUAAAUGACAACAAAGAGAAGAAGGAAAGCAAAAAGGUAGAGCAGGGAGAGAUCUGUAUCCACAUCACCUUCUCCCCAACAGUGCACCAGGCUGCCGUCUCCAGCUCAAGCAUCAUGGCUGACUUCACCAUCUACUAUGAUGUAAUCAUGGAGGAAAUCACUAGAGAUGUCCAGAUCUAUGUUGGAUAUUUUAUUCAUUACUUUUUCCCCAGAGGCCUACAGCCAAUAAAGAAGAAUGUGGUGUUUGUUAUUGAUGUGAGCUGCUCCAUGUUUGGAACCAAGUUGCAACAGUGGAAUUUGGAUUAUCCAGGGGUUAUUGAGAAAGUAAGCCUGGAGGAAACAGAGGAGCCCAUGAACACAAUUCUCAGUGACCUGCAAUCCAUUACCUUUUCUGACACAGUUAACAUCUGUUAAGUUGAAGGCUCAAUCCAGACCACUGUACAGAAUAUCCAUAGUGCCAAAAAUUACCUCAGUAGCAUGGAAGCAUUUAUUUGGACCUACAUCGAUGCAGCCUUGUUGGCAACUGCUUCGGUGCUGAACCAUAGCAACCAGGAGCCUGGAAAGUGCCGUGGUGUGGAACAGAUUCCUCUUAUCAUGUUCCUGACAGAUGGGGAACCCACAGCCGGCAAGACAACUCCCAAUGUGAUCCUUUCCAACAUCCGUCAGGCCCUGGGCCACAGGGUAUCUCUUUUCAACUUGGCCUUUGGGGAUGGUACUGACUUCUCACCGGUGCAUCGUUUAUCCCUGGAGAACCAAAGAGAAGCGAGGCACAUAUAUGAGGACGCAGAGGCAGACCUGCAACUAGAGGGUCUCUUUGAGGAGAUUUCCAAGCCUCUACAGUCAGAUGUGCACCUGGACUACCUGGGUGGCUUUGUUGGGGCCUCCUCUAGGGCUCUUUUCCAUAACUACUUUUGUGGCUCAGAGUUGGUAGGAGCUGGUAAGAUGCAGCCAAGUGAGCAGGGACUAGGUAUCCACCUGGCAGCCCGGGGCAUAAAUGGUCAGCUUCUUGUGCCCCAAUUCAGUGAAGAAGCCACCAACAGUUGCCAGAAAGACUUUAGUUGCUCAGGGAAACAUACCUUCAGUGUGUCCCACUUUAUCCACGGCCUGUGGGCCUAUGUCUCUAUUGGGGAGCUGCUGGAGGCAUGCUUCCAAGCCUGGGAUGCUACCACUUGCCAUCUCCUGAACUCCAAAGCCCUCAGCUUAUCACUUAAAUACAACUUUGUUACACCUCUGACUUUACUGGUCAUGGCGCACCUUGAGAAGAUCAAUGAGGAAGCUGUGAGGCAGCUAUCCACCACAGCUGAGACAAGCACAGUCACACCCUCAUUCAGCAACAGCCUUGGCCUAGGAGCUAGCACAGCUCGGAUAGACUCAGUUCUCAAAGUCUCUUCCAAAUCAAGGCUCAUGAAACCAACCUCAGCUCUUACUGGCCCUACAGAUUCCAAGGAGAUAGGGGUACUGACUCAGUUCUCUAAUAGCCUAACAGCUUCAGUGCCACCAAAGGCCCAAACUUCAACACAAGAAAAUCCCAGCACCUUGAUGCCCAACCUACACCAAAUGCCACAUGAUACCAUCAACCUUGGUAACCCAUUAUCACAGUCACUCCAAAGCCUGCCACAGAUCAAAUCUAUUUCCACACUUCAGUUACCCAAACAGCCAUUACACCUCAGCUCCAAAAGUCUUGCUUCCAGGACUCCCCCAAAUUUACCACACCCUAAAACAGGGAUUGUCCUGCUCAAAGCCAGGCCACUAGUUCCUCAGGGCCUCGGCACAUUCUCAAACAUACUCUCAAGUUCCAGAGGUCCCAGCAAUACAAUUUUCACCUCUACCCCUGGGGAACCUCUCUCUUCUUCCUUUACCCCUACUCUGACUUCUCUGCUGCUGCCCACUGCAAGAUUCUGGAAUCACCAAGACCCACUGCUAGGACCCAAGAGCACCAGGCAAGUUCUGGGACCAUCUCUGUCAGAGAUGGCUCUACCCAACAGCUCUAGUCUGAUGCCAGAAGACAGAUUCCCAAACCUCCCAAUCUUGCUGCCUUCCAGCAUUCUCCCGGAGGCCAUCAGUCUUCACUUUCUUCCAGAGAAGCUCAAGCUGCUGCCAGCAUCGGUGGAAGAGUCCAAAUUCGUGGAGUCCUUGAACCCUCCAGUCUUCUACACCUUCCUCACUCUUGACAAAGAUGGUGAGUGAUGACACUGGGAUAGCAGUUCCAAGAGGAUCCAGGGAGGAACUGAACAUGACAUGGACUCUAAGGAAAGUUCUGUGGAGCUAAUAAAAGGCACAUUGCCAGGCAUCUUCACUUUCUCAUCUUCUGUGGAUGGGGACCCCCACUUUGUGAUUCACAUUCCUCACUCAGAUGAAAAGAUCUGCUUCACAUUGGAUGGGUGCCCAGGGGACCUACUGCAGCUUAUAGAUGACCCUAAGACAGCUGCAUCCGUAUUUGUUCAAGGUGAGGGCACCUUGCACUUACGCUGGGCCCUGGUAAAGAAGCCCCAGCUGGAGCUCCGUGUGGCUUCUGCAUGCCAUCUUACCCUCUGCCUUAGGCCCCACCUAAGCUUCCUCAUCCUUCAUCAUCAGUACAGACACCCCAGCACACAACAGCUACCCUACUUGUAUUAUAAAGAAGCAUCCAAAAGUGGACUGCCUCCCCAGAGUUCUAAUUGGUGCUACAUCUUCUCUCCCUCAGGACAGUUUCAACAGAGAGACAUCCAGCUGGUAACAGGACCUACUGGGUCUUUUUUACAGAGGCACCAUGGCCCAAAUGUACCAGUGGUACUAGGCAAGAGGCUGCUGAAAGAAUCACCAAGGCUGCUUCCCCCAUGGGCUUUAUGCUGGCUGGUGAAAAGUUCUCAUGUAGAACAGCUGCUGGGUCAGCCCUACCUUGCCUACGUUCAGUGA